AUGUCCGACUUUGAACGCAAGUACAUCACCGCAAACAAUCCACCAAAUACUCCUGUUUAUGAUGAAAUGUUCUUCCAAAAUUUGUUUCGCGAAUUAAACACCAUCUCUCCUGAGUUGGAACCCAUCUCGAUUUCUAUACUGGCAUCCCUCGCCAUCGGAGCUCAUCGGCCAGAUCUCGUUUCGUGUAUCCUUGAUCGUGCUAUUGCAAAAAAUCAACAGAAUCUGGAACUGAGCUUCAAACAACUGGAAGGCGUUAUUAUGGUUGUAUGGCCGUUUGUUGGAAUACCCUGGUGCGUAACGGCGUGCCUCGGGAUCGUAAACGUUCUAGAGGGGCACAACUUCCUCGAAGUUGCAGAUAAAGUGCGCCGUCCCAGUCUUAACUCUGGCCACAAGCAAAUCGGAGAAGACCUUAUGCUGGAAACGUACAAAACUGUCCGUAACGAAGAAGUUCGUGACAUGCUGCGUCAAUAUUUCCCAGACUUCUCGUCACUUACAUGGACCGUUGUUUUCGGUUAUUGUCUAAAUGAGACUACCGAAACAGGCGUUUUUAACGAAGCACAAUCGGAGCUCAUUCUUGCUUGUUGUCUCACCACAAGUGGGGCAACAAGACAAGCCACUUCGCAUUUGAAAGCCAGCAUCAGCCUAGGCAAUUCUGUGGACUCAGUGAGAGCGGUCUUGAAGGUGGCUGCUAUGCUGGUAAGUUGGAAUGGGCAAGUAUUUAAUCCCCUCGAUAUAAACGCAAUCUGCAGCUGA